CUCUGUCGCCGCCUUCAAUGAGUCCUUCAUUCUGCUCUGUGGAUCAGCCAGUCGCACACCAAAGCCACCGCUUUCUCUUCCGCCGCCGGCCGCCGUCGAGAGGUCCGCUCCUUUCCCGACGAUUGGUUAGAUUUUCAGGCUUGUUCCUCUUGAAGCUUUUUCUUUUCAUAAUUCGCCUGUGAAGCUUGUCGUGGAGUUUCUUUCUACCAAAAGAUGGGUUCUUUAUUCCAGAUCCUCAUUCUUUCUAUCAACCUUCUAGUUAAUCUAGGCACUGGGUUUGUGUGAAUCCAUGGGGGGUAUUUGGAUUGGUUGCAGAUAUUGACUUGGGGAGGAUACGAAUUGUAGUAGCUCUAGCUUAAUUUGCUGGUUGAUCAACUCCAUAGCCAAGCUGAAUCUAGGUUUUGUGCGGUUAUGAAUUGGUUGCAGUGUUUGCUCCCAGGGAGCAAAAUGAGUUCAAGAACGCUGCAAGCUGCAAAGGUGUAUCGCGACCUUCUGAGAUCCAUCCGAAAGAACAUUGGGAAGGAAGGGUACAAGAGUCACUUUUCGGAAUUUGUGGCACAAGAGUUCAGAAACAGCUCUAAUCGUUCAACAGAUCAAUCCUGUAUUCAGCAGAAGAUGAAGCUUGCCCGAGAUUACACUUGCCUACUCAACAGUGUCCACCAUCACAAGGAUCUGCUGAUUUCGUACAACAUCGCGGUGGAUAGAACAAAUGAGAUGAAGAAAGUUCUAGGGAAGUCUGCAGCUAGUGUCGGCCUUCAGCUUCCUGAGGUGUACCAGGCUUAGAUCGCCUGCCUUCUCCUCCUUCUCUUGUCAUUUGCUUCUCAAGAAUCUGGGUUCUCCCAGUGAUAGUGAACACACAGUUUCACAAUGUGAACCAAUCAAUAUAAUGUCCUGUCUUGUUUUGUUUGUUCAUCAGGAAUAAUAUUGUGCAACAUGAAUUAUGAUCAUGUAUUCUGAUUAGCUCCUGCAACUAGUUACUGCAAAUUUAACAGUUUUUUUUCACCUGGAGAAAAAAAAAAAAAAGAUAGCAUCUUCACUGGACUUCAGUGUCUCUCAAGUUUCACCCCUUUUGGU